AUGAAUACAUCAAUACCAUCACAAGGUUAGUAAGAAACCAAAAGGAUCCUAUACUAUAUAAAUCUAUAUUUUUUUUAAUAAAAGCAUUAGUACUUACCUAAUAAAUAGUAAAUACAGUAGACGCCAUUUAAAAGACACUGAUAUAAGGUUCAAUUGUAAAGACAAAAAAAUGGUAGAAAAUAUAAAUAUUUGUAAUAAAAUUCGAAAUAAAUUAGUUUUUGAAUUAUUAUUUGUGUUGUAAUGGUUUAAAUUCAUACCUUUCACAUUUAUUGUAAUUAAAUAAUAUUACUGGUAGUACAAUCAGUUGUCAUUCGUUUCAAGUUUCGACACUACACAGUGCUUUUUUAUUAACUUAAUUCCUCAAAGCGCUAUUAGUUUGAGUUAAAUAAUAUUAAUUUUAGAAAAGUACAAUCUUACAAAAAUAGGAAAACGUAGAGUAUUAAAAAAAAUAGCGAAGUUGUGUUGAAUGAGAAGCAUUGAAAGAAUAGUUUGUAAAAGUUAGUUGUAAAGAUAUUCGCAUCUAUUUGCUUUGUCAAUAACCUAAAAAAUUGAAAAAGUUAACUUCAAGGCGACAGAAAGGUGAUUUCACUCAAAUAUUUAAGGUACACAUUUGUCAUUAGCACUCAUUCAAUGUAGAGGAGAGCUGUAAAUCACCAAUGCAAUCAUUUUUAUAUUUAAUACUUGAGUAACACAUGAGCACUGAGCAAUAUAUGUUCUGUAUAAUAUGUCUUUAUUAUUAUCAAAAUGGUUGAAAGUAGCAAAAAGCAAUACAAAAUUAUAUGUUCUAUUAAAAUAGCAAAAUAAAAUGAAUAAUUAAUUUAAAAUUAGUCUUCAUUGUACUUCACUUCGCGUGUAAGAGUCAUUUGGUUUUAACAUUCACUUUGAGGUGGUCCAAAAGUGAGUUUUAUAAGCAUCAGCCACUGUACUAUAUUAUAAUUAAUACUUUACUAUGUAUGAAUAAAGCUGUAAAGCUAACUACAAUAUAUAGAAAAUAAUGAAUUUAACUUUAACCAUUUCAAUUUUUUUUUUUUCUGAAGUUACAUCUGAAAACAAACAAACAAAUCUAAUUAUACACAUUGAAAAUACCAUUUUAGACAUUAUUAAAAGUUUAUACUAUAAUAAUAAACUUAUUAUUAAUUUACCUAAACAAACAAACUGGUAAGUAUAAUCAGUAUUAAUGUUAAAUAUACUUAUGUAAUUUAUAUAUUUCUAGUAUCAAAAUUCAAUAGGCCUAAAUUUAUCUUUUAAUUUUACAUGUUAAUUGUUAUAACAGUAAUCAAAAACAACUAAUAACUAAAAUAUUGCAAUUUAAAACCAAACAAAGUCGAAAUAAUUUCACAAUCAUAAUUUAUAUGAUAUCAAAAAUUUAUAAAAACAUAAUUUCUAAGCACUCAUGUACAGCAAGGUAAUUAUUUAUAGUUAGGACAUUUAAAUGUAAGCAUUAUAUAAUACUAUAUACCUUUAUACUAUUAAAAUACAUAGUACCUUCCAUUUAUUUAAUUGUCAUUUCAGAGAGCUUUAUUAUGGAGAUACAGUUUUAUUCAAACACGAUUAUAUUGUACAUCAAAAACUUCUUGAUAUAUGCUAUUUAUUAGGCACAAAAUCUUGGGAGUUGGGUAUUACAUUAACUUCUAAAGGUUUAGUUGCUGGAAACCUAAGGAUAUAUUUGUGUAAUGGAAAAAUUCUUGAUUGUUCGAAAACUACUGAAGGUUAGAUUAAUUAUUAAGUUAUUUUAUUUUAUUCAAUUACUCAGUGAUAUAAUUAAUUAAUAGAUUUGAUAAUAAAAGACUCAAUAAAUAUAAUAUUAAAAACGUUGUUUUUUUUACUUAUAAGGUAUUAAAUUAUGAAUAAUAUUUUUUUCAGGUGUUCAAAUACCGCAAGAUAUUUUUUCAAUAGAAAAUUUUGAAUCAAAAGCAAAAUAUAUUUUAAUUAUAGAAAAAAAUUCAUCAUUUCAAAAAGCUAUUAAUGAAGGGUUGUUGAAAAAAAAUGAAUGUUCUUUUAUUUUAAUAACAGUAAGUUAUUGCAUAAAACGGUAUUUUAGUUCAAAAUUCGAGAAAUGUACUUAAAGUUUAAAUUUAAAAUUUUAUUUUGUACAAAACCCAAAACAUAGUGUAAAAAUGCUAUAAUAUAGUUUUAGUUUUAAUAUUAUGUACCAUAUUAAUAAUGUUGUUCAAAAUAUACAACAAUGAUUUAUUUUAAAAAUACCUCAAAAAUCUUUAUUAAUAAUUAUUUAUAUAUAAAAAAUUAUAAUUUGGAUAUUUCUAUGAUAACUUAUCUACACUGUAAACUAGAAAUCAGAUAAUAUUAGGUUGACAUUAAAAUUAAUUAAAUAAUUAUAAUAUUAAUUUGUAUGUAUACUAAAAAAUAAAUUUGAAAGGUAAACUAUAAACUUGUAUGUGUUCUUGUAUGACAGAUUAUUUAUUAAAAAAAAAGCCAUUCUAAUAUAUAUUAUUAUAUUUGUUUCAGGGGAAAGGAUAUCCUGAUAUUAAUACUAGGUUAUUUGUAAAAAAAUUGUCUUGUAAACUAAAAAUACAAGUAUUAGCUUUAGUAGAUGCUAAUCCUUUUGGUAUUGAAAUAAUGUGUGUUUAUAAAUAUGGCUCUAAUGUAAGAAAUUAUUAAAUUACGUAUACAAUGUAGUGUUUUGUUAUUUAAAUAAUAAUCUACAGGGAUUCAUUUUCUAGACAAUGAUUCAGCAAAAUGAAAUGCUUAGUGUACCAUCAAUAAAAUGGCUUGGAGUUCAUCCUACAGAUAUACAAUUAUUAGAUUUACCAAGUAUUCCAUUGAAUAAUCUAGAUCAGGCACGAUUGAAAGCCCUUUUAAAGAGGUCCUAUAUUAAUUCAAAUUAUACAAUUUUACAACAAGUAGGUUUAUUUUAUUGUAAAUUAUCUUGUUGGUGUUUGAUACUCAAAGGAAUAAAACACAUUAUUUAAUUAGGUAUUAAUAUUGCAACAAUUAAAUUUAAAAGCAGAGAUUGAAGCAUUGACCACUUUCACUCAAAAAUAUCUGACUGAAGUAUACAUUUUAAGAAAAAUUGUUACUCAAGACUAUAUUUAA